CAAAAAGCUCUGGUUCACAGUUUCCGCUCACGCUAGCUCGCAGAAAUGGCGACGUCUUUAGGCUCCAAUACUUACAAUAGGCAAAAUUGGGAAGAUUCAGAUUUUCCCAUCCUUUGUCAAACAUGCUUGGGUGAAAACCCUUAUAUCCGCAUGACAAAAGAGAAAUUUGGCAAAGAGUGUAAGAUCUGUGCACGACCCUUCACUGUGUUUCGCUGGUGUCCUGGGACCCGGAUGCGCUUUAAGAAGACAGAAGUGUGUCAGACGUGCAGUAAAAUGAAAAAUGUGUGUCAGACGUGCCUCCUGGAUCUAGAAUAUGGUUUGCCCAUUCAGGUUCGAGACACGGGGCUGUCCGUUAAAGAUGAAGUACCGAGAUCAGAUGUGAAUAAGGAGUAUUACACUCAGAAUAUGGAGAGAGAGAUUGCUAACUCUGAUGGCACCAGACCUGUGGGUUUGCUUGGAAAAGCACCAGGUCACAGUGAUAUGUUGCUUAAACUGGCUCGCACCUCACCAUACUACAAGAGGAACAGACCACACAUAUGUUCAUUCUGGGUGAAGGGAGAGUGUAAGAGAGGAGAGGAGUGUCCAUACAGGCACGAGAAGCCCACUGAUCCUGACGAUCCGCUGGCCGAUCAGAACAUUAAGGACCGUUAUUAUGGCAUCAAUGAUCCUGUAGCUAAUAAACUCCUUCAACGGGGCACCACAAUGCCUAGACUGGACCCACCUGAGGACAAGUCCAUCACCACACUAUAUAUCGGAGCAUUGGGAGAGGACGUGACAGACUCAGAACUCAGGAAUCACUUUUACCAGUUUGGGGAGAUUCGUACCAUCACUGUUGUUCAAAGGCAGCAAUGCGCCUUCAUCCAGUUCGCCACACGGCAGUCAGCUGAGGCAGCGGCAGAGAAAUCCUUCAACAAACUCAUCAUCAACGGCCGGCGCCUUAAUGUUAAAUGGGGCAGGUCUCAGGCGGCUCGAGGGACUACCAAGGAUGGGGUAGAGAGUGGAAUCAUGCUGGAGCCAGUGCCUGGUCUCCCUGGAGCUCUGCCUCCACCCCCUGUGUCUGAUGUGGACGCCCCGGCCAAUUACUUCAACCUUGGACCCACCAGUUCUCCUGCUGUCAUGAACUUCCAGGCCCUUCCUCCUCCACCUGGGGUUGCCAUGCCUCCACCACCUGGUUUUGGUCCUCCCAUGUUCCAUGCCAUGGACCCCAUGGGCCCACCAAUGCCCCCUCCGAUGGUUAUGAGGCCACCCGGACAGGUCCACUACCCAUCCCAAGAUCCUCAGCGGAUGGGCGCCCAUGCAAGUCGCCAUGGAGGCCCUUAGAUGGUCAUACAGCUACCUCACUGAGUGAGCAAGCAAGCAGGACUGAAUGUUAAUGUUUGAUGGACAAGCAAAACAACAAGUUCCAGACAAUAGAAAAAACAGAAUCUUGGAAAUGUAAACAAAGGUUUUUUUAAUGAAUAUGGUUUUGGAUGUUUUUAUGCUUUUGAUUUAAAACAACCUUGGUGUUAA